AUGGCGGAUAAAGAAGCUGCCCGUAGUGUUCAUCACGUCGAUUUAAAGGAGAAGUUCGACAAUCAAAGCUUGGUUGGCAAAGAACGACGCAAUGGCUACCAACAUUUAUUGACCGAGGAACAAGAGCAGUUCCUCAACAGCGUUGAGCCUUCUGAGCAAGACAAGAUUUUCCGCAAGGCAUGGAAUGCCAAGAUUGAAGGUUUGGAAGCCGACCUCGGCAUGUCGGGGACAGACUACAACCUGAUAGCAGCCAUCUUCUUCAUACCAUAUCUAAUGUUUGAGCUGCCGAGCAACACUCUGCUGUUACGAUUCAAGCGGCCUUCCUAUUAUUUGGGCGUCAUCGUCACCGCUUGGGGACUUGUUAUGACCUGCACAGGCUUUGUCAAGAAUAUGGGUGGUUUGGCAGCAUGCCGAGCAUUGUUAGGUCUCUUUGAAUCCGGAUUUUUCCCUGCCGCAGUCUACCUCAUCAGCAAGUGGUAUCCGCCUAAUCGAACAUACUGGCGAGUCGCAAUUUUCUACUCCGCCAGCGCCGCUUCUGGAGCCUUCUCGGGGCUCCUAGCCGCAGCCAUAGCACAGAUGGACGGUGUCAGAAAUCUGGAGGGCUGGCGAUGGAUCUUCAUUCUUGAGGGAGUCGCUUCAGUCCUAAUUGGCCUGAUGUGUUUCUUCUUCUUACCAGACUCCCCAUCCCUUUCCAAGUGGCUGGCGCCAGAUGAAGCCCGGUUUCUCAACCUAUUGCAUGACGCCACGCGAGGCCGUAUGGAGAUGGAGAAGAAGAAAGCUGACAAUAGAAAGACGCUGGUCAAGGUAGUCAAGGAUUGGCAACUUUACGUACAUGCUCUCAUUUUCAACGGCGUCGGCAUUCCCCUCUACGGAGUCAAGUUCACGAUGCCGCAGAUUGUCAAGAACAUGGGAUUUGCCUCUACAAAAGCGCAACUCAUGACCGCUCCGCCAUAUGCGGUAGCCGCACUCGCAUCCUUAUUAUGUGCAUGGUUCUCAGACAAGUACAGGUGGCGAAUGCCCUUCAUGGUUGGACCUCAGGUUUUAACACUCGUCGGAUUCGCCAUACUUUACGUCGUCUCGGACAAGCUCAAGGACAACAUUGCCCUCGCGUAUUUUUGCCUGUUCAUCGUUUGCGCUGGAACGUACCCGACUCUUCCUGGGAUCAACUCCUGGUCGUCUGAUAACUUGGCAGGGCCCGCUAAGCGAGCAAUGGGACUGGGCUUCAUGAUCAUGAUGGGCAACGUCAGUGGGUUUGGCGGCAGCUACAUCUUCAUCAACAAGGAGGCUCCCAAGUAUCCGACUGCUUAUGGACUGUCUCUCGGCCUGCUCUGCACGGCCGUCGUAGCAUCUAUUUCUUUGGAUUAUGUGUAUUGGACAAUUAACAAGCGGAGGAAGGCUAUGACACCCGAGGAGAUUUCUGCGGAGUACACCAAUGAGGAGCUAGAUGAGCUAGGAGACCGCUCACCGCUCUUUCGCUAUCAGUUGUAA